CUGGUGUACUUUAUCGCAGUUUUGCGCAAAAAUGUCCCACACUAGCAACGAGAUCGAGGUAAAAUCGUGGUUGGCCAAAAUUUUGAAAAACGCUGAUAACUUCUCGGUGAAAAUUGAGGGAAACUCGGAAAAGGGUGAUGGCUACCUUGGAGACAUCCUUUUCGUCCAAGUGACUGAAAACACCGCCAAAAAACACAAUCUCGUGCUAAAAUGUGCAAAGAAGAGUAAACUCCUGCGCGAGAAAUCGCCAGUUCAGGAGGCUUAUUUGAACGAAAUUUUGUUCUACGAAACUGUUUACCCCGAUUUUGUGCGUUUUCAAAGGGAGAGAGGUGUGGAGAACGGGUUCGAUAACGUGGUAAAGUGUUACGGGACGUUGAUCAGCGGCGAUAUGGAAAUAAUUGCGAUGGAUAAUUUGAAAAAGAAGGGUUACGUCCUGUGGGACCGCAAAAUUCCGCUUACAAGAAAACACAUUGAUUUGGUGGCGUCAGCUUACGGGAAAUUGCACGCGAUUUCGAUCGCAAUGCGCGACCAAGAACCACAAAGGUUUGAGAGUUUGGCUAAAAAACCGUUUGAUUUUUUCGUCAAAUUUAUGAAAACGUCCGAUAUGAUCACGACAAUGGAGCGGAACUUUGAUGAAAUAACUGAUUUGAUGGCGGGUGCGCUCGAGGAUGGGGUUUUGAGGAAGUGGAAGGAUUCCAAGCGGAGGAUUCGGCCGUUUUGGGAGAAUUUGAGGGAAAUUGUGACUGGGAUGAAGGUGCUAACACAUGGCGACUGCUGGAAUAAUAACUUCAUGCAUUACCACAUCAACGGAGAACCGGCGGAUUUUGUGAUGAUCGACUGGCAGUUGAUUUACCUAACUUCGCCAAUUUAUGACUUGUCGUAUUUUCUCUUCGCUUGUAUUUCCGAGGAGGACAUUAACGAUUUGGAUAAAAUUUUACAACUGUACCACAGUUCGUUACGAGACCAUUUGAAGAAAUUGGGAAGUAACCCCGAUUUGUACCCUUUUGAGGAUUUGGUAAAUGACUGGAAAAAGUACAGCUUUUACGGAGUAAUAAUCACGAAUAUAAUUCACAAAUUUGUGCAAAGCGACAAAGACGAGGUCCCCGAUUUGGUCGAUUCGGUCGAAAGUGGCGAAGAUAUGGCGGACGUUUUCAAUUUACCAAUCAAGAAUACAGAAGACUACAAAAAACGGCGGUUGUAUAUCACGAAAUAUGUAGUCGAACAAGGUUUAAUCUAAAUAAAUUUUCAAGCACUUU